CCACUAUCCCAGACACAACCACGGCAUUACCAACCACUAUACCAGAUACAACCACGGCAUUACCAACCACUAUGCCAGACACAACCACGGCAUUACCAACCACUAUGCCAGACACAACCACGGCAUUACCAACCACUAUGCCAGACACAACCACGGCAUUACCAACCACUAUCCCAGAUACAACCACGGCAUUACCAACCACUAUCCCAGACACAACCACGGCAUUACCAACCACUAUCCCAGACACAACCACGGCAUUACCAACCACUAUACCAGAUACAACCACCACAUUGCCAACCACUAUUCCAGAUACAACCACCACAUUGCCAACCAUCGAACCAACUAUCAUAUUGCCGACCACUUCACAUCCAGAUACGACCAUGUCAUCACCAACGACACUUCCAUCUACAACUACCACGCUACCGACUGCUUCAACCCUGAAUAUAAUGACAACAUUGUCAAUCUUUAUAACGGAUACAACCAACACUCUCUCAACGACUAUACAUGAUACGGCAACCACAUUUCUGACUACAACCUCGGAUACAACCAUCGCGUUACCGACUACGACACUUCCGGAUGGAACAAGCAUGCCGCUCACCAUCUCAAAUCCAAAUACAGCCACGACAUUACCCACGACACCAGUGACGGCUUCAACUACUGAUCUAACGAUUACGUCGCGUCCGGAUACAACUGCGUUGCCGAACGCCUCUAUCCAGGGUUCAACUGUCACAUUAACAGACGCCCCAGGCUCUACUUUGACCACCACUUCAAUCCCUGACAAAUCAUAUCCACCCACUGUUAUGUCUACGACAGCUCCAACGGGCUCGGAACCCUUAACGAGGUCAACCACAAAAUACCAUGAAAGCACGGUAUCGCGUAAAACAACAUCAGGUCCUUUGACCAUAAUCACGCAAGCCGUUUCAACCAGGGGUACGUUUAAUAAACCCGAUUCUGUGACUAACACAGAGUUCGUGUCAACCGUGAAAAGAACUGUAAGCCAAGUUGACACAACUGCAGCCAAGAACGAGAAACCUGACGGUCUGUCUGACCUGGACACCUCAAAUAUGACGACCAUUUAUGUAGCUGCAGGGGCAGGGGGCGCAGCUGUGCUGCUGGCUGUUGUCAUUGGAGUCGUCUUGUACAAGAGGAGAAGGUCUAGGAAGCCAUCUGAACUUCUCCUGAUGGAUGAUUAUGGAGAGACUGUGAAGAUGGGAGACAUGGGAUCCGACGAUCUGGCUGUGGAGAAUCCGAUGUACGAGAGGGCUGAGGAUGCCAGGGCCAUGCAGAUUGUAGAUGAUUUCAGCACCGCCUAGCGUCUAGGACGUCCAACCACAUUUUCUUCUUUUCUUAAGGGACGGGGGCGUAAAGUUAUCCUAUACGUUAAGGGCAUGGCAGAAUAUUGUCAGCCUUUCUGGAAAUCAUUAUUCAAGUACCAGUUGCAACAUGUUGUUUGGGUCUAUAGGAUUAUAGCAAGUUGUCAAGAACAUGCCAGGCUCCGGGCGGCAAGCAGCUUCCCUUAUUCAGUAAGUUUGACCAAAAAAUUGUCAUUUUUAUGGAAAAAAAGCAAUCGUUGCCGGCAGGAUUCGAACCUGCGCGGGGAAACCCCAAUGGAUUUCAAAUCCAUCGCCUUAACCACUCGGCCACGACAACCUGGAUGAUCUUAUACAGAUCUUAGACGUCCCCCACUGUCAGACUAUUUGUAUCAACACCAAAGUUUCAAAAUGUACGUGAUGUAUACAUUCUGAUGCAAAGCGUCCUUAUAUUCUGACAAUUCUGUAACUUUUUUUGGUUGUAUCUAAUAUUUAGCCAUUCAUUUAUUGUUCAUUGUGUCCAUCUGAGAAGAUAUCGUGACAAUGAAGUUUGUCUUUUCAUCAUUGGUUUGUUCGUACGUUUGUCAACAGGACUUUAAAAUCCCUUACAUAGA